AUGAGACAGCGACGCCUACUCUCCCACGCGUUUUCCGAAAAGGCCUUGCGCGAGCAGGAGGGAAUCAUACAGAGCUACGUGAAGGUUCUUGCAGACCAGCUCUCAUCCAAAUCGACCUCGGGCCCGUUGAACUUGGUCGACUGGUUUAACUUCACGACAUACGAUCUUAUCCGAGACCUUUCGUUUGGCGAAAGGUUCAACUGUCUAGAUGAAGGCCAAUAUGACGGCUUUGUCUCUUCUAUCCGGGAUAUCUCAAAGGAGCUCAUUUUUAUCCAAAUGUUCAAAUACUACGGUCUCCAGGCACUUCGAGGCAUAUUCACUCCACAAUCUAUCAAGGGCUCGCGUGCACAGAACAUGAAGCGUGUGAUGGGCGUGGUCAACCGACGGGUGGAAAAAGCGACCGAUCGCAAAGACUUCUUGCACUACAUUCUGGCUACCAUGGAAUCGGAAAAAGGCAUGUCUCGGGAAGAGAUGAAUGUAAAUGCCUUCAGCUUCAGCAUCGCAGGCUCCGAAUCGUCGGCAACUGUACUCAGUGGAUUCUUCUACUACACACUCACCAAUCCAGAUAUCCUAAAAAGACUUCUAGCGGAGAUACGGGGAGUAAUGGGGCGCUGGCUGCCAGAGACACAAAAUCAACACCCCUACAACCAGGAUAACCGCAACUGCGUGCAACCAUUUUUCUUUUGGUCCAAGGAACUGCCUGGGAAAGAACUUAGCUUGGGCCGAGACACGUCUUAUUGCGACGAAGCUUCUGCUUCAAUUUGA